UAAGGCCAACUGAAAGAUGGGCGCGCUGAGGAAAAGCAUAGGCCAGAUCGGACGACGGGCUCGACGCGCACCGAUGGGGGACCGCUGACCGGGGUGGGUAGUAGUGUCGAACUGGACCUACCGUCCCGUCGACCCCCCAAACGGCAGCAAACACAGGCGCAAGUAAACAUCCGCACACCGAGACGAGCACAUCCCACCACGACUGACACCCCACCACGCGCCAAACGUCGCGAGAUAUCGAACUCGAGAGAAUUCCCCUUCAAAGGGGCAACCAAUACUCGACACACAAAUCGCCUCUUUUCAACCUCUGAAGUCCCGCUUGGCGCGUCAGUACAAAAGAGGAGGGGGGAAAAGAAAAAAAAGACAAAAAGGGAGAGGGAAAAGGGAAACAGAAACACCAUGGAGGACGCCCAUAGGAAAAUCGAGCUGCAAUCUCGCGAUGACCUCGCGUACCUGCUCAACAACAUCCGGCGCGCCGCGCAGGAACAGCUCGACAAUGCGUUCCCACACAUCGAGGGCAGCAAUGCGCAAGAGGACGAGCUGCGGGCGCCUAUUGAGCGUCUGGUCAACGAGUACAUCAACAAAACCUUCACCUACGCAGCCCCAAACCUCUCCAUAAACGGCAUGGACACCGACCCCGCCAACUUCCUCUCCUCUCCCACCGCCACCGCCGACGAACCAGAAGAAGCCUACGAACCCUGGGACGCCCGCCUCCGCCAACGCGUCGAAGACCUCGCCCGCGAAGAAGAAGACCUCCUCAACGAUAUCGCUGCCCUGAAGAAAACCGUGCCCGGCGCCAUCGCCGCAGCAACGACAAACGAAUUCAAAGCCGCCGCCGCCGCGGACGAGGCCGCCUUUGAGGCCGCAAAGAAAGCAAAAGAGGACGAGGCGAGGGAGCUGGAGGCGGAGGUGCUGCCGCUCGAGGCGAUGGAGAGGAGAGGCGAGGUGAAGGAGGCGCUUGGAGGCGCGGUGGGCGGGUUGGGGAGGUUGAAGAAAAGUAUGCCUGCCACUGUUGCCAAGAUGGAGAGGGCGAGGGUUGCGGGGGAGUAUACUGUCACGGAACGGUCUUAAGGGAGUAUGAAGGGGGGGACUUUUUGACACCAUGGGAGUUACGGCGUUGGGAACUUAUACCACGACAAAGGGUAUCUGGCAGAGAGCUGGUGACCCAUAGGCAGUGCUUAUUGUGUAUAUGGUGAUAGCAGUCUAGUAAAAGCCUGGAAAGCAGAAAGGUCAAGAUCUGCUCGUGAGUAUGCCAUUCAAAGGGUCCAAGUGAUCAAAAUGAAAGUAUGUAUAAUGUGAAA